CAGCAGGCAGGAGAUGAAAGAGCCCAGACGUUGAGCUGUCGUCGUAAUGGACUUGGGUUACCUUCUUGCUACAUUCAACAGAAUUAGUCACUCGGAUUUACGCUUCCACCCCUACCAAAUGGUUAAACGACACCAGCUUCUUCCGCGUGAUCAUCAGUGACGGUUACAGUUUUGGCAGUGGCUCCUUGGCCAACAUGCACGCUUCCAUGAAGAUUUGAUGAUUGGAGAUGUGUAAGGAUUUGCCUUAAAUGAUGAUGUGGGAGUACCCACAACAUCAGAGAAUAUCGUCCCCGUGGCCAGCGACCACUUGAUUUUGACUAUAUAUACGCAGUGUGAAAGGCAUAAGCUGACAGUUUGGGUAGGUUUGAUUGGGAGCGGGAGCAUUAUUGGUCCAUUCUUCUUUCACAGCUACGUGAACGGUGACAUGUACUUACAAAUGAUCAAUACUAACAUCGUUCCAGUCAUUGAUCAAAUGCGUCGUUAUCGUCGCCAAAGAAAUGGAUUUUUUUCAAAGGGCUUGGUGGGCACAGGAUGGUACUCCACCACACAGGAGGAAAAUGGUUACAGAGCGCCUGACAGAAGUGUUUGAUUACCGUGUGAUUGCAUUGCAUUGGCCUGUGGAAUGGACACCAAGAUCACCCGACCUAACGCCAUUGGACUGUUUUUGCUCUCAGUCAAAACAUAGCAAUGAUCAAACGUGCUGUCUCUGACGUUUAGAGAAGGGCACGAAUCAGUGUGGAACGAAAUUUAGGAAAAUAGCUUCUGGUCACUCGGGCGUGAAAAUCUGUUCAUGGUCACAAGUUUAAUAACAGCAUGAUACUCUGAUCAACCCAUGCAGGAGGAGAGAUUUUCGAAAAAUGUUCACAUUUUCAUUGUGCAGUUAAUUUUCUGACUGUAUACUUUUUCUGAUUCACCCUGUAUAUUAUAAUUAUGUCAUUGUCCUGCCCAUUUUCCUGAGCUGGUUCAAUUUUUUUACAUUUAUGUUUUAUUGUCUAUCAUUAAGUUAUUUUCUGUAGGCCUACCUAUAUCCUCUUGACCAGUAGUUUUUAUAUACACUGUCAUUGAUGUUAUUAGACGUUUAUAACUUUAAUACCUUCAGUAUAUUGCUUUAAUGGCGACUUUUUCAUUAGGUUUGAAUAUUGUGAAUCGGAACCUAUGGGAUUAAAAUAUUUAUAAAGUGAAUGUGUUUACGAGAAUAAAAAAAAUGAAUAAAUAAAGAUCAACACGAAAUGAGUUCAUAAAUUUUUAAGUGCAUCAGCCUACGAGCAUACUAAGUUCCAUGAUUCAUCAUGUUAGUCUCGGCAUUUUUUAAUUUCAUAAAUUAUUAAGUGAGGAAUUAAUUACCAGGGGUCUUUUUUCGGAGGUGAUUUUCUUAAGUAGCGAAUAAACCAACAAAUACGUUGCUAUUUAUUCUCCAAUUCAAGGAUCUCGGAAGCGCGCCAGCAGGGGUCAAUUUUUACUUCAGGAUGCAAUAGCUCUUAUUGGGAUCGGGUACCAGUCUAGGUGCAAGAGCCUGCAGUAGCGACAUACUGCAAACAUCACAGUAAAAUAAUUGAACAAAGUGUGAGUUCUGCACUGAUAAUUGAGCUCUGAAGUAAGAGUCAGCGUGUCUGGGAAUUGAACUUAUGUAGAGCGAGAAAGCACGCAUAUGCAUUCAACCAAACAAACAUUAGGCUACCAAACAGCUGUUUUGCGAAUGAUGAACAUGGCUGCGCACGUGAUACCAAUUUUAAAAGCCUGGGCGUCGCAGUGACACUUGCUGGUAGAGACCCCGCUUUCAUCCUGUGGUUCUCUUUUCCCUGACACUUUGUGAGCAGCCCAAUGGAAAGUUGUGAGCCCAUGGCUGCCACGGUCCCUACCGCCUCCCUGCUUGCAACUGCGGGUAACGUUUCACAACUUGAGCCAUACCUGAGCCGAUCGGCUUUUACCGGCCUAGCAGUAUACCUGGCGGUGGUCUGUCUGCUCAGCUUCGUUGGCGACGCUCUCGUGAUUUUCCUAUACGCACGCUACCGGGCGUUGCACAACGUGGUCAACAUCUUUUUGCUCAACAUUUGCGUGGCCGAUAGUAUUGUGGCCGUGCUUGGAAAUUCGCUCUCCUUUGUAUCUACUGCGGCUGGCCACUGGCUCUUUGGUUCAGCCGGCUGCACCUGGUAUGGAUUUGUUUGUACCUUAUCGGGAUGCGCACAAAUCGUUGGAAUCGCAGCAAUCUCCCUACAGCGGUUUUUCUUCGUUGUUAAACCAUUCGUUGCAAGGAGACUGACGACCCGUGGCGCCCUCGUCUGUGUUGGAUUUAUAUGGGCGUAUUCUCUAGUUGCCGCACUUCCUCCCGCUCUUGGAUGGAAUGAGUUUGUUCCUGAAGGCCUAGGAACGUUUUGUUCCGUGAAUUGGCAGACGGGAAGUCGCUCCUACACGUUUUUCAUCUUCUUCAUGAUCCUGGUGCUCCCUCUAUCCGUCAUUGUCUUCUCGUACACCAAAAUACUUGUGACAGUCAAGAAGGACGAAGCGUUGGUUACUGCUCAACGUAAUGCAGAAAUGGCUGAAUUAACCCAAACUGCGGUGCCGAAGCAGAAGCGCAAACCCACGUCCUCACGCAAGCGCAAGGUAACUGAGCAUGAACCUGAUUUGCGCGACAUGAUGCACAAUUUGCAGCACACCGUAGCGAGCCUCACCGAAGCUUUUGCCCGACGAGGUGCGUCUGCUUUGCAUGGCCAUCCUAGUGCCAACAACCUCGGCGGUGACAUCCCGAGCACAGCGGCCCUACUACCGGCUCAGCCUGCGCCUGAAAAUGUUAAGCAACCCGGGGCCGAUACAGUCGCACCCAAAAGGGCCGAUUACUACUCUGGUGACGAGGUUUGA